AUGGCCAUCAAUACGCAGCAGCCCACCGCCCUUCUCGCCCGGCUGGUUGCGCGCUCAGCGCCGCUGUCGUACCCUCCGCGUCGUACGCAAUUCCCAGCCAUUGGGCCGCGAGCGCUGCUCCAAAUCCGCACGUGGGCCUCGCCUGCCUCGCCUGCCUCGCCUGCUGCCUCUGAGCCCGCGCGGAGCCCGCGCCUGCCGUUGGGCUGCAACACCGCCGCCCGCAUCGCUGCGCUGGGGACCAGACCGUCGCAGCAGGGUGUCCGGCCUCGAGGUGCUAUCGCGCCCAGCAGCUUCUCCACAGCGACGGCUUGUAGGGCGGCACACGACCAGCCCGAGGGACCGCAGGGAGACCGCCGCCACGGCCAGACGCCCCAACCAAAAAAGCCUCUGAUCGAGAAGACCAAGCAACUCCGGAACCAGCUGAAGUCGCUGACGACGCACGAGGCCGUCUGGAACAUACCCAACGUCCUCACCUUCUCGCGCCUCAUCGCCGCCCCCGUCGUGGGCUACCUGAUUCUGCACGACCAUCAUGCAUGGGCUCUGGGCCUCUUCGCCUAUGCCGGCAUCACGGACCUCCUCGAUGGAUGGAUCGCUCGUCGGUGGAAUUUGCAGACUGUCGUCGGUAGCGUUGUCGAUCCCAUGGCUGACAAACUCUUGAUGGCCGUCACUGUUGGCUGUCUGGCCGUCAAGGGAGCAUUGCCCGGUUCGCUCGCUAUUUUGAUCUUCGGUCGUGACGCGUCGCUCGCAAUCGCCGCCAUUUACUUUCGCUACGCCUCGUUGCCCUCGCCCAAGACGUUUGCUCGUUACUGGGAUUUUUCUCUGCCGUCUGCUGAGGUCCACCCGACGACCGUGUCCAAGUUCAACACUUUCCUCCAACUUGCCCUGAUCGGGUUGACUCUUCUCUUUCCUGUGAUUGCAGCCUCGCCUACCCAUGAUGCAGCCACCGACGCCGCCGUAUCAGCUUCUCUUGCCACAGAAGGAGGCCGCUCCGACCAUGCUGACGCCUCUCGUCCUUCCUUUUCCACUGCUCCCCCUUCCCCCACCGCGGAAACCACAAGCUCAGCCGCAGUCGCCUCGACCGGAACCCCACGAGGUGAACCCAGAGGACCGGUCAUCUCCUCAGCCAUCUACAAAGCCACAAACGCAGGAACGCUCUCCUCCGCCGUGACAGGGUUGCAGGUUCUUGUCGGCGUAACCACUGUGUGGAGCGGUUUCAGCUACGCAAUCCUCAAGAAUGCUGUAACUAUUUUGGGAUCCGACGAGGCACUGAAGAGAAAGCAAGGCGCAAGAGGAAGAGCGAUCAUCGGCACAAGUUUUGGACUGGUGUGCCUUGCUGCCGUUUGGUGGGCCAUCAGGGCGCAGCAAGUCGAGGAGGACAAGAGGCGGAGUGCUCGGGCACAGUAA